AUGAAGGUAAUUAUUCUCGCCGCCAUUCUAUCGCUGGUACAAGCCAGGCCAGGGUUGUUCUUUGCCCAGCCAUUACACGCCCCAGGGGUAGAAUAUGCCCAGCCUUCCCCUGUUAUACAUUCCCACCCAGCAGUUGAAGCGAAUGCUGCUAGCGAAGCCCAAUUGCCACCACAAUUAUUGAAAUCACACGCUUUUUAUAGCAACCCGGCCAUAGCUGCCGGUCUGGCAAAAGAGUCCUGGUUCACGCAAAAAGAAAUGCAAGUUGUUGAAAGAGAGGCUGAGAAAAUACCACGUCAAAGGAUAUACGAUAUCGUAAAAAAUGCUGGUUUUUUGGACAGGCAUUAA